AUGGGCUGCUGUGGAUCAAUCAAACACGUUAAUCGGCCAAGAUUACAGAAAUCGAAAAUGAUAAGAACAGGUAGUUUUAAACAAAUCAGAGAGAAAUAUACCAUUCAUCCUAGAUUUUUAGGCACUGGGACCUAUGGAAAGGUCUUUUUAGGUUCUACUGGUGCUUCGAAGGUUGCAAUUAAAACACUUUCUAAGAAGAAUUUAACUGAGCUAGAGAUUACUGCCAUAAAAGAUGAGAUCAGAAUCCUACAGUCUCUAGAUCACCCAAAUAUUAUAAGAUACCAUGAGACUUAUGAAAAUGAAAAGUUUUUUUACCUUGUAAUGGAAUACUGAGAGGGAGGAGAGUUGUUCGAAAAAUUAACUUCUAAGGAAAGCAAAUUUACCGAGCAAGAUGCUGCAAAGAUAAUGAAAUAAGUUGUUCCAUGCUAUUAGCCACUGCCAUUCACAUGGGAUUACUCAUAGGGAUUUGAAGCCAGAAAAUGUUAUGUUUAAUAAAAAGUCAGAUGGCAACACUGAAGUCAAGAUCAUAGAUUUUGGAAUUUCACAACAGAACAAAGGGGAAAAGAUGAAUGUUGUCUGUGGUACUCCUUAUUAUGUCGCUCCUGAAGUAUUAGAUAACUCAGGGUACGGAAACCAGUGAGACAUCUGGUCUCUAGGAGUCAUUAUGUACAUCCUACUCUCAGGAUACCUACCAUUUUAUGGCAGUAACUUAGCAGAGAUUUAUGAGAAAAUUGUUGAAAAUGAGCCUAAUUUUAGCAAAGAAUGUUGGAAAACCAUCUCUGAAGAAGCCAUUGGUCUAAUAAAGAAGUGAUUACACAAGGAACCCGAAAAGAGAAUUUCGGCUGUUCAAGCCCUAAAAUCCAAAUGGUUCUCUAAAAUUGAAGGAAAAGAGACUAACCAGUUAUCGAAUGAGGUAUUUGAAUCCUUAAAAACCUACGAAGCUAAUUCUAUCCUCAAGAAGGAAGCCAUGAAUGUCUUGAUAAACAUGCUCAAAGAUGAUGAAAUAGAGGAUUUGAGGGAAGAAUUUCGAAAAAUGGACAAAGACUAUACAGGAACUAUAUCCGCUCAAGAACUUGAAGACUCUAUCAGAAGAAUGGGGAAGGAUAUUACUGCUAAUGAGAUAAAAGAAAUUAUUGCUAAAGUAGAUUAUCUUGGAAACGGCAAAAUAAAUUAUAGUGAGUUCUUAUCAGCAACCAUUUCAGCUCAGAAUGUUCUCACCAGUGAAAUGCUGUAUGCCCUCUUUAAGCACUUUGAUACUGACUCUAGUGGAGCUAUCUCACGAGAUAAUAUUCAGGAAGCAAUUGAGAAAUCUGGACGAAUAAUAUCCUCAUCAGAAAUCGAUCUUGUUCUAAAAGAACAUGAUAUAGAAAAGACUGGUAAAAUUAGCUUUGAUGAAUUUAAGGUAAUGAUGGGUAUGCUAAAAGUAGAAGAGAUCCAGAAAACAUUAGCUUAAUAACACCUAUCCUAUCCUAUUCUAUACUAUCAAUCCUUCAUUCCUGUU